GCGUCGGACCGCUCUCGCCUACGUAAACAACUAAACCUUUUAAACCUUCCAAACCAAGAUGGAGUCUGCGGAGGUUGUGACCACAACUACAACAGUGGUUCUCCAGCGUCCGUUAAAGUUUAUAGGAAUUGUUGCUGCUUUUCUGUCCUCUGUACUGAUAGUGGUGUGCAUGGUGAGUGAUGUCUGGGUACUCGGGUACACUAGAGUGGACGUACGGACGGAAGACACGCUGAACUUUUACCAGGGUCUGUGGACAUUGUGUGGAGACUAUGUCGGUACACCGCCACCACCGGGUACAGAUAACAUACUGGCAUGUGGGACUCCCCAGGGACAAGCCUGGGUGCAGGCGUCAGCGGCGUUCGUGUUGGUGAACUUGGCGCUGUCCCUGGCAGGGUUGGUGCUGGGUGUUCUGGCCUUCUGUGUGGAGAAACACAGCCGGAAGUACAGACUGGCGGGGAUCGUCCUCAUGCUGGCAGUUGUAUCCGGCCUGGUGUCCCUGGUGGUGUUCCCGGUGUUGUUCCACGUGGACCUGACGGCGGUCCUGUCACAGACCCCGUCCGGAGCCGGGCUGUGGGACCGCGGCAACUGGGAGUUCGGCUGGGGGUACGGGGUCGGCUGGGGAGCCGUCUUCUUCGACUUCGGCGCCGCGCUCAUCUUCCUCUGCGGCAAGGACAGGGACGAGAUCAAACAGACCGUCGAGUAUAUCAUGUCUGCAGAGAAUGACGAUCUGUAGGCUGAAUCUAAUAAUUAAUCAUGGCAGAAAAUUUUUAAAAAUAAUAAAUUGAAAGGUUGGUUUUCCAAAGUUCAACACUUGCUGGGCUACGUUACCUCCAAGACUGCCACUAAAUCCCUUAUUAUUGUGAAGCAAUCUCAUUUUACUAAAAUGAGUGAAAUGUUGACACAAUUUUUGUAUAGAAAUUCAAAAUUCAGUUUUUAUCAUGUAAGUGAAUGGUGUGCGUGCGUGCGUGUGUGUGUGCGUGUGUGUAUUGAAGGACUAGACGAUAAUUAUAUUUUGUCUAGAUCAAUGAAAGGUAGAUCAAUUUUGGUGGUUUUCCAUCGUACUGCAACAGACUUUCGGAUUUUGUAUAUUUUUUCCCGGUUUUGAAGUUUUUUUGGUAACAGAUAGCUUUGUAUGUCUGGAAACUGUAGGGUAGGUUUGGUCCCCUUUG